GAUCCUCGAAUCUGAACCUGUCACUGGGCACCUGCAGAUUCUCUACUUGUGCCCUUAAUGUUGUCUGUUGCUAUUCCUAGUCCUUUUUGGAUUUUAUUUUCAGUCAUGUGGUGCAAUGAUCUAAGUUCAGUACAGAAGAGUCUGUUGGGCUGUGCCAAAGCCAAAAGACAACCUACAGCAAUUCUGAUCGUGGAAAGACAUAGCAACCUUUGGGAUUAUUGCUUAGCAACUGCAAACACACAGAGGAGUAAAACUCACAGCCCAGCUCCACAGCAGGUCUGAGAAAUCCCUAAUUCACUUCAAGAUUUUUAAUGGUGGAGAACAGAUGGGCAUGUAUUAAAUUCCUCUUGAUUUUCAAAGCCACUUUGAAUGCAGGAGGAGUAAAAUCUGUUUUGCUACCUGCUCCAAAGUGAUUGAGGUAUGGCUGCUCAUCCAGAAGAAUCAGCAGAGUCUGCAGGUCUGCAAUAUCCCAAACUUGGACAUGAGGAUGGAGCUGCCACAGAAAUGGGAAGCAAUCAGGGGAAUGAUGAACUGCCAUGUCCUAGUAAUUAUGCUUCGUGGAAAGAGUGUUUUUAUGAAAAGGUACAACAAAGGUGUCUGAGGCUGCAGGAGACAAAGGCAAGUGUGAUUGGAGCACAAAAGGCAGAAGAAAAAAAGAUAGAGAAGAGAGAACCCUGUGACUCACUGGCCAGAGAGUGGUACAGCGAAGAGAGAGAGACACUCGAUACUCGCAUCUAUUUGCUUGACAAACUCCUACCUACAUUAAUGCCAGGAGUAGAAAAUCUGCUAAUGGAAGUGGAAAGAAAGCAUGUGCUUGUAUCAGACAAAGACCCAAGCACAUUCGACCCCAUCAAUUAUCUUGCAGAAUAUCUGAUGCGACAUAACCCUCUGUACAGUGUUUCUACCAAACCAGGCCCGUACGUGAGAGGAAUGAGGGUGGUGGCGGAGGAGCUCAAAUCUUUGAUGCGAGGUACAACGUCAGAGAGGCUGGUCAAGAUGAAGGCUGAGGCAAAGGACAAACGUGAGGCCAGGGAGGAGAUGGAAAGAAAGAAGGCUGAGGAGAGAGAGAUGAGGAAGGAGACACUGGCAGCUCUGUUCAAAGGGUGGACAGUGGAUGGCAAGCACAGAAUACCAAUGGCACUGGUUCAGAGUGCCCUGAGGUCUUUUCCAGAUGUCACUGACUCUAUUCCCGAAAAACUGAGAAAAGCAAUCCAGGACAGGAAGCUGGAAAUCUUAAACACAUUGGAAGAAACUUUAAAGCUAGAUGAGUUCACAGAGUUUGUCCUUUCCUACACCGAGCAUGUUUCAAGUGACACAUUCCAAGAAAUCAUGAAAUAUCUCCAUCAAUGUGGUGAGGACUUCCAGGAAGCAACAGAACGAGCUCUGUGGAGGCAAAAUUUUACUGAUCUCUUCCAAGAUUGUGAUUAUGGAAAGGUUGGUGUCUUGGAUAGACAAAAAAUACUGACCCUGCUGAGGGAGUUCUAUGACAGAAGCCCCGUGGCUGACAAGAGGGAAUUGUGGAACCCCAGACAAUGGCCAGUAAUUAAGUUGCAAGAGAUUGAUCUUGUGGAUUUAUGGGGAGGCCUCGAUGACCAAGCAGCAGAGCCGAGUGAUGCUGAAGUGAGCAAGGAAGGUGAGGAUGCUGUGUCAGAGGUGAAAGGCACUGGAUUUGAGGCUGGUGAUUUGGAUGGAGAUACCACACACAGUGAGGAACCCAGCUCCCAGGAAGACAUCAAAACUGAGAAGGAAGCUGAGCCUGGAAGUGCAGAGAGACAGGAUGAAGCUUUCCCAGGAUCAGCCUCUGAUGGAUACAAUCUCAGUAGGGAUGGAGAACCUGGACCUGAAAAACAGGUGGAGGAAGAGGAAUCCAGCCUGGGUAGAGAGCCUGAGAUGGAAGUAAAAAGUGAAGGAGACACAGAUGUGGCAGACAUGGAUGUCACUGGCUCAGAACAGGGUGCUCCAGCUGCAGAGGCUGUGGAAGAAACCCCUGCAGGAAAAGGAAGUUUUUCAAUGCAGCACAGCAGCCAGUUUGACCAACAGACAAGCUCCGAGACAAGGCUGCAGGAUGACAACCUUCUGCAUGAGCAGGGUCCCAGCAUGGCACAGAUUCAGAACCAUCGGGCUCCUUGUACUCAGAGUUCCUUCGGUGCAAGCUGCCUCACCCAGCCACAGUUUGUACAGCUCAUGGAGACGUUUGUUGGCCAAGAUAGUUCUCUGCCUACUGUGAAGAGGCUUAUUGCAUUUAUCAAAGAAGAGUACAAGCAGACAGAGGAGGAAAAAAUGGAACAACUAGAAAAAGUUCACCACAUGGCUCGGGCGGCCCAACGGAAACUGCUUUUGGAGGCACUUUUUGAAAAGUGGGACAGCAAUGGACAUGGGUUCCUGGACCUGGAAGAGGUGGAUGCUGUUCUGAGCAAAUUCAUGGGAGGCACGAAAAAAGAGGCGUUGAUGAAGGCAAAGGCACACCUUUGCUCCCGAUACCCCCAGCUCAGCAGAGUGGAGAUGGUAUCCCCAAAGGUAUUCCAGACCUUCCUUGAGUUAAUUGCUUCUGAGUUAACUGGCAAUGAGGAUGAAUCUAUUGAUAACUUGGUGAGAUUUCUGACCACAAGUGUGGAGCAAAGUCAUAGGGAGUCCUUGCAAAGCUUAACCAGGAGGAAAUGGCUGCAGGAUAUCCAGCAAGCGGCUGAGACCGGCGGAGCAAGGAUGGAAUCGGUGUACAAAGCAGUGUUUAAGGCCAUCUCCCAGGACGCAGAAGCCCAUGGGGGUAACAAGAAGAUCAGUGCCUACAUUGCCCUUUUGGAAGAGAACCAGCUCUCAGCAGAGCAGGGCCAGGUUCUCCUGCGCUAUGUGGCCUGUACUGCGGACGACGCGCCGCAUGUCCUGAACCAGACACUUCACAGACACAUGAAAGGAAUAAGCUUUGCAGCUGUUGAUGAAGGAAAGCCAAUCCAUGUUCCAAGAGUUCAGCUCCACGGAAAUAUCCAUUUCUGGAACUCUGAGCGCCCAGUGGAGGAGAUGAAAGGUUCCCUCCUGGUGCUGCCCUUGUAUGAUGCUCGCUGGAGAGUCUUUGGCAUUCUAGGACUUGACACUCUUCAAGACCAGUGUGACAAAACCAUCUUUCUGACCCAUGAGAUCAUUUUCUACCAGGGAGUUUCCCAUGCAUUCAGCAAAGCCUACCACCAUAUCUGCACACGGGAAAAUGUCCUACAAAUGGCUGUUUAUGCUCUGGGCUGGUUGUACCCCAGGACACCCAGCAUCCACGCCGUCACGAUGUACCUGGUGGAGCCUGCCAAAGACAAGGCUCUGUGCAAGAUGAUCACUACAGAUAACACAGGACAAAAAGAAAUCCAUAGCUCUCCUGCUCUUCUCCUCAGAGAAGAAAACCUGCUAAGGGAUUACCUGUUUAGGUGCACAGACAGUUUAGAGGCCGCUCUCACUGCUGUCCGUGGAGAACAGCACAUUGCAGUACCUCUCCACGACCUAUCAAGACAAGCUCUUGGCAUAUUUGAUAUCAGCAUUGGACACCAUAAGAAAUUACCACCUCAGGAACAGAAAGACCUGCAGAAAAUGCUAAAGAUGGUCCAAGCUGCCUGCUUGGAGAUCCUGUGGAGGUCUCUAGAGGAAACAGAACCAACCUAUGUGCUGGAGGCAGAACGGGUGGCAAACGUGAGGCACCCAGGGUUUCUGUUCCAGCGGUUCAUGCUGCAGGACCUGCGGGAGUGUGUCGGGAAACUCAGUGCUGAGAGCUUUGCUGGAGUAAAGAGCUGUGCAGAACCCCCAGCUCUGCUACACGACAUAAUUAAGGCUGUGCUGUUGCUUUUGCAUCCAGACUGGAAGGGCUCAGAGGAGAUCGAGAACUGGAGUCAGUGUAAACUGAAACUUGAUGACAAUUUGAUUCAGGAGAUUUAUUGCUUUGAUCCAACUGCUGCAUCUGUGCAAAUUCAAGCAGAGCUGCUGGACUGCAUCACUGGUGUCCCUCGAGCGGCGGUGUGGCAGCAGGGCUGUGCUCCAGCCGAGUUCCUGUACCACUGGGUUCACACCUGCCUGGCACUCGCAGAGAUCACAGGGAGCCAACACAGUGAAAAACCCCAUCCUUAGUUCCUUUUGGCAUCCAGUUGUUGUGUGCCUCCAAUUAAAUCUCUUAAUUCCUCGUCUAACCCUCGUGAUUCUAGUAUUUCACAAAUUUUAAAAUUUAAAUUAACUGUUGUUUUUCUAUUUUUUUAAGCAUAGCCACCAAGUAUUUGUUGUUAAGAUGGUUGAAGUUUGUUAGGGAUUACUAGUUAAAAUGAUAGGAAGUCUGUUAAGGAUUAUUAAGAAAAAGUAAUAAAAACAUUAAAGGAAACUAUUUUUCUAAUAUAGCUACUGAAUUUUAAAGGUUUGAAUAAAGUUUUGGGUGUUUUUAAGCGGUGACUUUAUGACUCCCAAGCUACAAUCUCAUAAAUGAUACAGCAAAAAUUUUCAAGAUUCAGUCACCUUAAAUGACUUUUUCAGAAUAAUUUUAAACAGAGGUUAUUAAUCAGCAUUUUGUAACAUUCUUCUGAACACGCUACAGAAAAGCCCAACACUGUUAAUAUAACACAAAAAGCUUUCUUAUUGGGAUAAAGCUUGAUAUUACAGCAACUGCACUGUCGGCAGCGAGAUUUCAUCUUUCCAAUAACGUCCCUUUUGGCAGAAU